AUUAUCAUUAACUAAUACACAAUAAAUGAAAAAGUAAGUGAAUCUCAAGUUGAAAACCUAGAUUUUUAGCACCUGAACAACUAAGUAUGAGAUCACUAAGAGAGGCUGUUUAAGUCAUACCCAACAACUACAUAUAGUUCACACAAAAUAAUCAUUCAUGGCUUAUUCUAAAUUAGGUUAAGGUGGGAAUUUCGGCUUUAUAAGAACUCUUUGUACAAUCAUCACAUUGGAGAGGAAAUGACAGAUAAAAUUUGCAUAAAAUUACUUGAUGCAGACGAGGGUGGUGAUGGAGGACCAGGAGGAGACGUGAAUCGUAUCGGCACGUCAUGCUCAAAGGACGACAUAGUAAUAUUCCAAGGCCAAACAGCCCCACUUCCCAAUGGAAUUCCAACCUACACGGUUCAGAUUCUCAACGCCUGCGUUUCAGGUUGCAGCAUAUCCGACAUUCACGUCAGAUGUGGAUGGUUUAGCUCCGCCCGCCUGGUGAAUCCCAGAGUGUUCAGGCGCAAUGACUACGAUGACUGCCUGGUCAAUGAUGGUGAGGCUCUUGGCCCCGGAGAAACCCUAUCUUUCCAGUAUGCCAACAGUUUCCGUUACCCUUUAUCCGUUUCAUCUGUAGUUUGCUGCUGAUCAACUCACAAAGCUAGCCUAGCUACAUAAAAUCUUUUGUUCAAACUCAAUCAAAACAUAUGACUCGGUUCUUAAGUAUAGACUCGCUUUCUGGCCUAUAUGUGUGC